AUGAGGGAUUUAAAGCAAAGCGUGGGGGUGUGCUGUCCUGGUCUGAGGGGACGCCGUGAGAAAGUCCUCCUCUUCAUCGUUUACCUCCAGCUGUGGUCACAGCCGAUGGGGGAAGCAAUUCACCCGGACUGCGCCAUCAUCUCUCAGCACCUGAGAGCGCGAGAGGUUUGCAGCCAGACGAGGAGGAGCGAGGCGCAGAACCAGAACCGGAGCCAUCACACAGGAUGUAAAACAGAGUGGGACGAGAUCGGAUGCUGGCUGAAGGCUGAAGUUGGGCAAGUGGUGAACUUAUCCUGCUCUGAGGUCUUCCAGCAUUUCUCCAGCAACCAGGGGUAUGUAUACAGAAACUGCACAGACGACGGCUGGUCUGAGAUGUAUCCACCCUAUGAGGAGGCCUGUCUUUUCAGUGACGACAGCGAGCCUGAAUCUGAGACAAGUUACCUCUACACGUUCAGACAGGUUUACACUGUAGGAUAUGCCACCUCACUCAUCUCCCUCAUCACAGCCAUCGUGGUGUUUGCAGCCUUCAGGAAGUUCCACUGCACCAGAAACUACAUCCACAUCAACCUUUUCUCCUCAUUUGUCCUGAGAGCCAGUGCCGUCUUUGUGAAAGACACAGUGCUGUUUGCAGAUGAAACCUUGGACCACUGCUCUGUCUCAACAGCCGCCUGUAAGUCAGCUGUGGCUUUCUUCCAGUUCAGCAUCUUGGCCAAUUAUUUCUGGUUACUGGUGGAGGGCAUGUAUCUGCAGACCCUGCUGGCCCUCACUUUUGUCUUGCAGAGGAAAUACUUCUGGUGGUACAUUUUGAUUGGAUGGGGGCUGCCGUCAGCCGUUCUCAUCCUUUGGGUUCUGGCCAGAUUUUUCUUUGACAACAGAGGCUGCUGGGAUGACACCGACAAUGUUGGUAUUUGGUGGAUUAUUAAAGGACCAAUAACAGCUUCCCUGCUGAUCAAUAUAGUCAUCUUCAUUAAUGUUAUCCGGAUUCUGGUUCAGAAGCUUAAAUCUUCAGCUAUGGCUGGGAACAAUGACACUGGACAUUUCAUGAGGCUGGCCAAGUCCACCCUGUUCCUCAUCCCUCUGUUUGGGAUGCAUUACACCGUAUUUGCCUUCCUGCCUGAGAACACAGGUGUAGCAGCCAGACUCUACAUUGAGCUGGGUCUGGGAUCCUUUCAGGGGUUCGUGGUGGCACUUCUCUACUGUUUCAUGAAUGGAGAGGUUCAAAUGGAGCUGCGGAAGUGGCUGUGGAGGUGCCACAGUCCAAAUCAACUCACGCCGGCCAAGAGAAGCAUCACUCAGAUCACAAUUCGUACCCGUGGAGGACUGGGGCUGCCCCCUUCUAGUGCCAACAUCUCCUCAGUAUGAUUACUCACAUUUUCUAUGGGAAAGAAACAUCUGAUUGUUAAGAAACAA